GCCUGGGCAAGUGUCCUCCCUCCAUCUUUGGGAUCGGGGUUUCUGAAAUACCGCAAAUUUUAGCCAUUUUUUACCUCGACUUGUUGGCUCGGCACUUGUCCGCCUGAUUUCUUCUCAAAGUGAGUAGACUACUCGAUCCGGCUACUUGGUCGCGCUAUCUGCUUGGUGCAUCCCAUUGGAAACAUUUCAGAACGUGGCGCCUCUGUAGGUGAGUGAGCUCGCCGCUCUUGUCAGAAAGCCUCCUGCUGAACGUUGAAACUUUUGACCCGCCCGCUCCGCCCUGUGAUCAUGCGCAUGCGGGACCGACUUGCGCAGGCGCUGGCUGACGCCGCGGAAAGAGUGGGGGAGGAACGGCCUGCGCCGCCCCUCCCGAUUAGACAGACCAAGUCAUGUCAUAUCUCGAAAAUAUGAGAAAGCAGAAACACUGCUCCCCGACGUGGAUGCAACGCAUGGAAGCGGCGACAGAGGAUAUUUCGGGACUGCGUGAAAGCAUGAGGGCCCAGGAUUUCCUCAAGAUCCAACAGGAAGCGCCGGACCACCUGAAGGCGCUGCUGUGCACGGAACGGACGUGAAACGUCCUGGCCAUGCGAUAUCUGGUGGAUAUAAUACUUACUGCACCCUGAUAAGCUACCACCGCGGAGGGUGCAACUCUAUCGGUAAUGGCGAGGGAGCUUGCCUGUGGAAGACAGAGCGCAGGCCGCUGCUUGAAGAGCACGAGGUGGAGGAGUUCUACAAUAUGGCGGCACGACUCAAGCGUGGAAAACCUAACCUCGAUGACGGCCUCCUACUGGCUAUCAUGGAAACAAUAGAAGAGGACACGAAGAAAGGACGAUAUAAGACAAGAACGGUGGAGGGUCUCAAAUGUAUGCCGGCGAUGGUGUUCCUAAAGAAAGGACGAGACCACGCCGGAGAGAUUCAAAGUGCGUGCUCUGAUUGACAGGAGGGCAAAGAAUAAACACUGCCGAACCGCUGAGAGAUUGGAACGGCAUGGAUCUCGGCAAAUUGCGGACCUACUUGGGAUGUACGUCAUGCCACUAGGCCGCGAAGAGGACUACCGCGCGCCCCCUUUGGGACAGCUGAAGAAAGAGGCAACGAGUGAGAUUGUGAAAACACUAGAGGAAACCAAGAAGAGACUGGCGGAGCCGAUGCCGCUGCGGGGCACGCUCGGCAGCUAUGCCGGCUGCCUCUCGCAUCGCUUGAAGACUGCAAGUGGGCCGAUGACUGAAAGUGAGGAGUAUGCGCGUGACCCUCUGGAAAUGGCCUCGGAUGAUAUCCCCAACGCGUGUCACCUCUUUGGGGUUGAUGAUCCUACGUCUAGCCCGUUCAUGGGAUACGGCCCCCGCCUGGAGGGCUUCAGAUUUUGGAUAUCUUACACUUUGGACAUCGGUGCUGAACCGUCCGGGCCGGCCUUCUGCAGAAUCGCGGAACUCCUGAUGGCUGUCGCGGCACACUUUGGUCUGCCGCUCCUGGCAUAUAUUGACGGCCGGAGUUACUUCGUGGCGAAUAGGGAACAGACACUCGCGGCGAAACGCUUCGCGCACCAACUAGCCAGGGCGCUGGGCUUAGAACUAUCUGACAAGCCAAAAGUAGGCCAGUCCUCGGCGAAGACUGAUCGCGCCCGCGCACUAGGACUGGUGUACAGCUAUGGGGCGGCUAUGCUGACGGGUUGCGUGACACUCUGGGCCGCACUGCCGCCGGAAUAUAUAGAGAAGACAGCGGAAGCACUUGGCGCCAUUUUGCACGCGUUACGUACGAAGGUGCUGCCGCAUAAGCUCACUCAGAAAAGCGCUGGCCUCUGCACAUUCGCAACGCAACACGUGCGACAGAAAAUGGGCACGGAGGCGCUGGGGCCACUAUGUAAAUGGCUAGACGGGGUGGCGUUCGAGUCGUUGACACGAAAAAAGCUCGAGCGUGGAGCGUUAAAAAUAAAGCGCAUCGCUAUAGUGCGCGCCGUCAUCCCGAGGCUACCGCCUAUGGGUUAUGGAAGGGGGCGCACGGCCCUACUUCGGGCAGCACUUGGCUGGACAGACCGACGCGUCUGCUGAUGGAGGCCGGAACGGCGUGCCUUGUGUCGGAGGACUCAUAGUCAUGCCAGACGGGAAGCGCAUAGGAUUCGUGUUGGAUAUUCAACAAGACGAGACACAGAGACAGCUCCUGGGAGUAGAGCCGCGAGCUGAAGCGUUUGAGGCCCUCGCAACGUACAUUGCUGCAUGACUAUGGGCACGCGAAAGCCUCCUCAUCGAUUUCGCAAUCGGCAAUGUAGUCUAUUUGUGCGCCGCUGUGAAGAUGGCGGCAAAAUCUGGACUCCUCAUGAAUGUCGUGUCGAGCACGACCCUGCUCUGCUGCGACAGACGCGCGCAGGCAUAUUAUAGAGAUGAAAAUACUAAACUUAACAUCGCAGGCGCGUUCUUGUGACGUGGGUCUGAACAGUUCGCAAGAACCUUAGUCCGUGACUGGGUGGAUGGCAUUUCAUCGGAAUGGUGGAAAGACGCCCGGAAAGCAAUAGCAGGCGGGUGAGGUGUCAGUCGCUUUGGGAGUUUUGUCCUGAUGGGGUGCCUCUCGUGUGGCCCUGUUUAUAUGCCUUCUUUGCACAUGCUUGAUGCUGCUUUGUCUUCGUGCUCGCUUUGAGUGCCCGCCUGAUAAGGCCGCGACUGUGGGGAAGGGGUUGCGCCCGGGGGACACCACUGGCGCGAGCGUGUGCCAAGUGCGGUGGGGGCUUGCGAAGCCUGCACGUGUGUGAGGGGCUGGGACUUGUGGGCGCUGAGACCCAGCAAACUUCUGAUGUAGACUGCCAGGAUGUCGGACACUUUAAAACGACUGAAACCGCAGAACGGACUUGAGUUGAAGAGUACGCUAGUAGCCUUUUUAUGGGUAUUCUUUUGAAGGAAACCAAACAAAUUCAAAAGUCGAAGACUAUUACUUGUCGGCUUUUUCCUGUCUUGUUCUCUCUCUCAAAUUCGGACGAGUGUAAACAGAAAGAGAGACAUAGGUAAAGCACGUUGCUACAGUCUUCGUGGUUGUAUUUCUUUAGUUUGUCGGCCGAUGCAAAUCAUGCGAGCCAGAUGCCCUCACUGCUAGAGAUAAGAAUGGCAGUAGUCGCUGCUUCUGCAGUGCUUGUCUUAAUAUUUGGGAAGUAAUUAAGCCCGGGCACUAAUUAGCUCCGGGAGUUCAUUAAGCCCGGGAACUGAUUAAGCCCGGGAAGUAAUUAGCCCCGGGAGGUAAUUAGCUCCGGGAAGUAAUUAAUUUCGAGAAUGAAUUGAGUCCGGGGGUCGAUUAAGUCUGGAAAUUAAUGAAGUCUGGAAAGUAAUUAAGUCGGGGAAUUAACUCGGCCUGGGAACUAACUAAACUCUGGAAUUGAUCAGCUCUGGGAAUUGAUGAAGCCUGGGAGUCAAGUAGGUCGGGGAAGUAGACAGCAUAAGGUUGGGAAUUAGUGAAGCCUGGG